AUGACAAAAAGAAAUACAUUAGGCAAAGUAGUACUAAGAGGCUUAAGAGAUUUCUUUCGAGGGUGUUCACUGGGUUAGCAUUACUCAGUGUUCUAUCACAAACGAAGGUCUUACUUCACAUCCUUGACCUGUGGAAUCAUUACCUUCAUCUUUUAUUGCUUGAUUCUUUGGUAUACAUUUUACACUUUCUGGAAGGUCAUUGCUAGAUCAGAAUAUGAUAUAGUUGAAGAAUACAAGCCACUUGAUUUUACAAGCCAUUCACUUGAUACUUAGACAUUCAUAGAUACCAGCGAUUUUGUCAUAUAGAUACCAAGAUAAUGGCUUUCAAUUCUGAUAUCAUGUGAAGCCUUAUUUAGAAAUAAUAUAACCUUGGUCACAACUAACCCUAAAAGGACACUUAGCUUUAAAUUAAUAGAAGAUUUCACAACUAUCUACUAGCCAAAAUGCAAUGUGACCAUUGAUAAAAAUCAGAAUAUUGGAAGUGUUAUGAAUAACUUCACGAUGUAUUUUGCUUGUGAUCAAUGCGCUGAAAACUAUUAAGUGUCUAUGAAGCAGUAUUUUGCAAAUAGUGAAGGUAUCUACAGUGGUUAGUAUAUCUCAUAAGAUAAUGUAAUAUUCAGACAAAAAAAUGUUGAGCUCAUACCAAUUAUAAUCCGCAAGACUGAUUCAAUCAUUAGUUUAGCCCCGACAUAUGAGACUGAAAUUCACAUUUCUCAAAUGUCUACUAUUUCUUAUAAUAACGAUACCACUUUAGAGCCAUCAAUAUCUUUAUUCUUUGGAGAUACAGAAAUUGUGAUUGAUGAAACUCCUAAAAGUGUCUGGAUGGCACUCAAGGAUGUUGGUGGCAUGCUCUCUUUGAUAUUUUUCUAUGCGAUAUUUGCUGCUUGCUGUCACUCAGGAAUGUUUCAUACAAGCCUCUAAAAGUCUUAUUUCCGUAAGAAAAGAGAAUUCAUUAUGGAGAAGUUGCCUAAAGAUUAGCAAGAUACAUAUAUAGAUAUGGAUAUCAAGGAAAUGCCUAAAAAGCUUUAAAAGAAAAAACUAAAAAAAGAUAAAAAAGAAUUCGUUAAAUUCAUGAGUUUUGACAACUAUAUACAUCUUCACAAAAGAGUGGAAGACAUUGAAGAAGCACUUGAGAAAAAUAGCCUUUUAUAAAGAAAGUCAAAUUUGGGUAACUUCUCUAUUUAGGGAAAUUACAUUCAUGAUGAGUUUGAGAUGUCAGGAGAAGAUGAUGAUGACGAAUCUUCAAUGGUCCAAACAGUAAACGGCUCGAUAAGAUCUAUACAAGUUUCUAAACAAGAGCUUUUGUUGUCAUAAAUCAAGCCAAACGUUAUAAAUAAUAGUUUAUUUUGA